AUGAGCUGGCUGGACCCCGAAAACAACGACUACAUUAUCCCGGACGAGCCCGCGCCGGAGCCCGCGGCCCCGGCGGGCGCCCGCGGCCGCGGCGCUCAUAACCAUAGCCCCGGCACGGAAACUGCCGCCCCCGGUUUCCCCUGGACGCCCGCCGUGGACCUCCUGGCGGCGUUCACGCCGUUCUUUGCGCCAAAAACGGGCCCGGCAGCGCCGCGUGUCAGCGAGCGGCGCUUUGCCGGCGGCGACACGCUCGACGAGCCCAUUCUCGAGACCUUGAAGCGCGACAUGCUGCAAAUCGGGCGGCGCGUGGCGGCCGUCGUGUGGCCCGCGCAGCUCCAGACGCGGCUCGCGGCCGUGGCGGCGGCGGGCGGGCCUGUAGCGGCGGCGGCGGCGGCGGAAGCGCCGGGUCACGUGACCCACGAGGCGCCGGGCGGUCUUCUGCCCCUUGACUGGGACUUGUGGGGCCCGCUUGUGUUCCUGUUGGCGUACGCGGUGACGAUGGGCGCGGCGCUGCCGGCGGCGCAGACGAACAUGGUGUUUUCCGGCACGUUUCUGUUGAUGUGGAUGUUCUACUUGGUGGUGGGCUUCAACGUGCAGCUCUUGGGCGGCACGGUGUCGUUCUUGGCGGCCAUCAGCGCCGCGGGGUACCUGAUGUUCCCGCUCGUGGCGGGUGCGCUCGUCAGCACGGCGGCGGUGCCGUGGCGCAUGGCCCGCCUCGUGGUGAUGGCGUUCUGCGCGGUCUGGAGCAUAUAUGCGGCCAGCGUGUGCCUCCGCUGCCUGGGCGUGCUUCCGGGCAGGCUUUUCUUGGCCAUCUACCCGGUGACGCUCAUGUACGCGGUGUUGGCGUGGCUCGUGGUGAUCACGUGA